GCAAAUAUAAACAGCGGGAGAGGAGAACUUUCCAAGUUUCGCAUGUCAAUAUUCUGAUUUCAGAACAGACACAGCUUCCACAAGAUGACAACUGGAGACAUAAAGAACAACAUUAGAAAGUUACAACUGUCACUAAAACUCGCAAAGUAUCCAGAAACAGAUGAUCUGGAUAUCACUAGUCUCUCCAAAGGCCAGGCUGCUACAUACCUACCCAUAUACCAUUAUCUGUUUACUAACUAUAGUGUCGCCCUAGCUGAGCGACUCUCUGAGAAGAAUGUGGAGCUAUUCAGCAAAACGGACCUCAGUUUCAUGCAAGCUGUCUAUAAGAUUCUGAGGGAUGUAUUCAACUAUAAACCUCCUGUAACGAAGGACCAGUUCUUCAGUGCUGGCUUUGCUGAGAGAAAGAUAAUCAUGUGUUCUGAGAUCAUUGACACAAUACGACUACAGUUCAAGCCACCCAAACCAAAGUCAAAGUUGAACUGCAGUUUAUUAUCAAGUCAGACUAGACCAUCUGCACAGACCUCUUCUACACACAACAAGUCCGCCUCGGCAACCAAAGAGACCCCUGUAUUGUUCAAAAAACCUGAGUCUCCCCCACUUCAGCAACGUGUGGCUCCAUUGCAGCAGCAUGUGGAUGCAGUAACAUAUGGAGAAGAUAAAUGUGCUUCAGCAACCUCUCUACCACUGCCACAAGUCAUCAGGGAACCUGUGAGUGUUAGAGGCUGUGAGAAACAACCCAUUGGGCCCAUCCCUGCACAUAUAUGGCAGGAGAAAGGCUACCACACAUACAAUACACCAUCUAUAGCUAGGGUACAGUCGGCCUUCGUAGAGGUUGUCAAUAUUCCAAAAGGUGAAACUGCCAAUAGUCCAAGAGUUCUAGACAUCAUGGCACAUACACCUGCGCGUGGUUCAAUACAGCAUACAGACAUGGGAGCCAGAGACUAUGUAGAAACAGCCAAUACAUUUGCUCACACUGAACAGCUUAAUAGGAUUUUAGAAAUGCUGGAUGAGCGUACAGGCCAGAUUCAAUCCAUGCAACAUAGACUGAAUGAUUUGGAACAGCACUUGCCAAAGAUUAAACCCCCUAGUUUAGAUUUUGAUGACACUCAACCUAUGCACAGCCCUAAAAAGGAAAACAUUGAUAAUCAUUUAAGAAAUGAAAGAAAGAUGGAUGAUAUUCUAGCAAGAUUGGUGCUUUUGGAAACAAGAAUGCAGAUUGUAGAAUCAAAGAUGAAUAACAACACAUUAGAUUCCAAGGAAAGAAAUCGUCAAGUCUUAUCUGACCAAUCAAAUCAGGAGAACUGAAAAUUGAGGACCAAUGCAAUCAGAGACUUAAGGAUAGUCCACCCCAUGUUACAGUUUAAAGAGUGUAAAACAUUGGAAACAAUAUUGAUCACACUACUGGUGGGGUAUAGUCGUCAUGUUGGUGGAGUGAUCCUUCUCAUGAGGAGUCCCAGAUUUUUGUCUCCUUGCUUUGAUAAUUAGAACUGAGGAAAAAAUAUGUCAAGAUGUCUUUAGAUUGUAACGUAAAGCCAUAGAUUCUCAAGAUGUCUUGACUAAGAUGGCUCAGCCAAAACGUUUUGGAAACCUAGUCAUAAAUAAAGACGUUUUGACACCUAAGCUAUAAGACAACUGAAAGGGCAAACAUAAAUCCAUCAGUUUAAGCUAAGACCUCUUACCUGGAUUUUAGAUGUAAAGGAGAAGAAUUAUUUUCAUUGUCCCUUUUAUAAACCACAAACCUUGCCACCUGUUUUCCGUUUUUUGCUCACACUUUUUCAAAUAUAUAUCCUUGAUCCAGAUGUGUUUUAAAAAAUUAUUUUUCUAAAAAAGGGAAACGGGAUCACCAUUGCUUUAAACUGUGCUCCAAAGCCCUUAAACCAGUGCUGAACUGAUGGUUCUUUCAUUAUUCCUUUGAGAUCUAACUCCAAGACAUCUUGGAAAAAAGUGUAAACUCAAAUAUAUUCUGGGAUAUCUUGAAAGGAAUAAUGUAAACUUGUCUGAAUUUUUAUUAGAGCUCUUAGCAAAGACAUCUUUAUGCUUUGUAUAUUGGUAAUAGGGCUAGUGACUAAUACAGUGCGGAAACGAGUAUUUUCGUUGAAAGUGCAGGUUGUAGUUUUAUUUGGUAGUCUUUGAAUGUUUUAUAAAGUUCUCUCACCUGCCAAUACACCCAUCAUGAUCCCAGCACAUCGGGGAUACAUUCCAUUGUUAAAUAAAUUGACAACCAUCAAUCAUCUAGUUUUUUAUGGAUAUGUUGUCAACUGCAAAAAAUAUUUUGAUUUUGAAUAAAAAUCCUGUGUUUAACCCCACUUGAUUCCAAAAAUAUAAUUUUGAGUGUCAGUGUGUAAGUGUGACAAUGGGAUAUUUCCCUUGUGCAUAAUGAAUGUAUUUACAGAUUUGAAAGUACUCACAAACAUUCAUUGCAAAAUAAAGCUACUGAUCUACCUGAUUUUUGGGGAAUUAGAUGUAUUUCCUGAAUUCUCCACAUAAUUACUCUGCGUUUCCUACCCCUGUGAUAGUGACAUAUUGUAAUAGAUUCCAACGUUUUUGUGGCGUAAUAAAAGUUGAAUACUCAGGGAUUUUGGUGACUAUUUAUUAAGGUGAAUUUUUGGGUUCGCCAAAUUAAAGAAAAAUGCAGUAGUAAUUAAUAAUUAUGGCAUAAACAUGUACAUCUAAUAAGCCAUGUAAACAUGUUUGUACUGUCCAAACUUGUAGAUCUGAUAUAUGUUAUAUUAAUAAAGCUAAUCAAAUUUGAAA